CUGCGUCGCGCCCUGACCAUCUCCGGGCCUUACUUUGCCAUAUUAGGUUUGAGCCCUGCUGGCCCCUGUAGCCGGUGGGCUGUGGCGCUGUCCCGGCUUCCUGCUAGGCGUUCCCGCGCCUACUCAGGCAGCUGUCGUCCUCCACGUCAGGGGCCGGGCUGUGGAGAUGGCGGCUCAGAAGAUAAAUGAAGGGCUGGAGCACCUCGCCAAAGCUGAGAAAUACCUGAAAACUGGUUUUUUAAAGUGGAAGCCAGAUUAUGACAGUGCUGCUUCCGAAUAUGGAAAAGCAGCUGUUGCUUUCAAAAAUGCCAAACAGUUUGAGCAAGCAAAAGAUGCCUGCCUGAGAGAAGCUGUUGCCCAUGAGAAUAACAGGGCUCUUUUUCAUGCUGCCAAAGCUUAUGAGCAAGCUGGCAUGAUGUUGAAGGAGAUGCAGAAACUACCAGAGGCUGUUCAGCUGAUUGAGAAAGCCAGCAUGAUGUAUCUAGAAAACGGCACCCCUGACACAGCAGCGAUGGCAUUGGAGCGAGCCGGAAAGCUUAUAGAAAAUGUAGAUCCAGAAAAAGCUGUACAGUUAUAUCAGCAGACAGCUAAUGUGUUUGAAAAUGAAGAACGUUUACGACAGGCAGUUGAAUUGCUAGGAAAAGCCUCCAGACUACUGGUACGAGGACGCAGAUUUGAUGAGGCGGCUCUCUCUAUUCAGAAAGAAAAAAAUAUUUAUAAGGAAAUUGAGAAUUAUCCAACUUGUUAUAAGAAAACAAUUGCUCAAGUCUUAGUUCAUCUCCACAGAAAUGACUAUGUGGCUGCAGAAAGAUGUGUCAGAGAAAGCUACAGCAUUCCAGGGUUCAAUGGGAGUGAAGAUUGUGCUGCACUGGAACAGCUUCUAGAAGGAUAUGACCAGCAAGACCAAGAUCAAGUGUCAGAGGUCUGCAACUCACCACUUUUCAAGUACAUGGACAAUGAUUAUGCUAAGCUGGGCCUGAGUUUGGUGGUUCCAGGUGGGGGAAUCAAGAAGAAAGCGGCAGCAACACCACAGGCUAAGCCUGAAGGCACCACUGCGACUGCUGCUGAGGAAGACGAAGAUGAAUAUGCAGGAGGGCUGUGCUAGACUUUACCGAAAGAAAGGAGAGAAUCCGGACACGCCAUUCAUGGAUUUGGAACUUAUCUAAGGAACUUAUUCAGACUUCAGUGCAGUCAUGGUUUUGAAUACUAAUAAAGACUGAUUUUUUAGUUACCAUUUCCCCCAAUCACCCAUUUUAACCACUACCUGUAAAGUUUUUUUCUCUUUCCAUAAGAGCUUUUCUAAGACAGCAACAGGAAUUAACAGAAAAAAGUGGUCACAUUUAAAUACAGUUGAUUUUAAAGUUUGCAAGCCAAAUUCUAGACUCAUUAUGUUCUAAAUAAAAGGGACAGUAGGCAUAGCUA